CAUAUCAUGCAAAGUGUUUCAAUAUUUCAAUACCUAAUGCUGAACUUUGAACUUCUGAAGCAUGGAUCGUAUAAUUGGAUAGAGCAGCAUGGAGGUGGAGAAGGAGCUGAGCAGUACUAUUCCUGAGGCCAUAUUUCUCGAUGACGUGGAGUCUUUCAUGGCCAAGCCAGAGAAUCCCUCAGCUGAGGUGGUUAUUAGGCGCUUUGAUGAGCUCUACAAGAAAUACAAAUUCAUGGAGUAUAAUCUGAGUCAAAAGAAGAAGAGGCUGCGUGAUCAAAUCCCUGAGAUACAAACUUCUCUGGACACUGUGGCCACUCUACAGAGCAAGCAGAAAGAGGGCAGACUCAUCACUACCAACUAUAUGCUCUCUGAUAGUGUGUUUGCCACUGCAGACAUACCUCACACUGACUCUAUCAUGUUAUGGCUUGGGGCGAAUGUGAUGCUUGAGUACCCUAUUGAGGAAGGGGCAGCCAUGUUAACUCAGAACCUCUCCACUGCCAAAGGUUCAUUGACUCAAGUGCAGAGUGAGCUGGAUAGAGUCAAGGAUCAGAUCACCACCAUUGAGGUGGACAUGGCCAGAGUGUAUAACUGGGAUGUCCAGGAGAGGAGGAAAGUCAAGGCUACUGCUACAACACCAUCUUUAUAGUUAGCCAUGCCUCACUGACUGACUGCUCUCUGUUAGUGUGCUUACUAGUUUGGCUCAUUGUUGUAAUGGAAAUGUGUUUGAAAUGAGUUUAUAUUCUGCUGCAAUAAA